UAAAUCCAAGCAGAGGAUUUGCAGUUUUAGGGUGGCUCGUAGUUUGAAUUGAAAGUCAGCUCAGUGAUUCUAAUCAAAAAUGCCUGUAAGUUGGGGUUAGAAUCAAAUGAGUGUAUGGAUGGUCAUAAGUCCCUGGUGUGGUGAGAAAGAGGAGGGCAGAGCAGGGCCUUAGCGACAUCUCCAAACAUGUCAGCAGAGCAGCCCUGCCCUGCCCUCACGACCAAACUUCAAGAUAAACCGGUGCAAAGCUGUUUUCAGCAACCUGCUGUCCUUUAAUGAAGGAAAGUCUCCAAGAGAUCCACAUUUUCUCAUCAAAUGCUUGUCUGUCUUUGGAUUUAAACUUUUCAGCUGCUCAAGAAUGACCACUUUGGUUUUCUCAAACCUUCGGUUCCUAAAUAUUGUGAUUGCGGCGUUAACUGGCUUGAGCCGCAGCAGUCCAAUCAAGUCUGCAGAGACUUACCACAGGACAUCCGUCGGCAUGGAUGUGAUCAACAGUCCUCUCCACAGUGCACAGGACUUUUUGAGCCAGUUUCUGUCAACACUGAACCUCACCAGGCUAAGGUCCCAGCCUUGGACUCUUACAGCCCAGAAAGAGCCACUUCCAGAGUACAUGCUGGAGCUCUACAACCGAUUUGCCAAUGACCGCACUGCAAUGCCGUCUGCCGACAUUGUGCGCAGUUUCAAGAAUGAAGAUUCUUCCCCCCGAAGUAUAAGAGUCACUGGAGUAUGGAUACAUCCCCUCCUAUUCAAUAUCUCCAUGCCACACUAUGAACAAAUUACAAUGGCUGAGCUUCGACUGCUUGUGCGGAAGGUCCAAAGACCACAUGUCGGCUUCAGAUGCAAGGUGACAAUCUACAAGGUACAUGAUGGUGUUGUUUGGACAAAAGAGGUGGGGAAAGAAGGGAGAGAGAGGGAUAAAGUGGAGGUGGAGGCGAUGAAGGAUUUGGAGGAACUGGUGACAAAGCAUAUCCAUGCCAAAGAUAAUAGCUGGGUGUCAUUUGACCUCACUCAUGUGGUGACACUUUGGCAGAAGUCAGGGUGCGCAACUCAUAGGCUGGAGGUUCACAUUGAGAACCUGGGGGCAGACGAGGAAGGGGCCACGAGAGGAGCAACAGGAAGGGGCAAAAGUGUGUCACAGGUUGAUAUUGACAGGAGAGUGGAGGGGCAACACAAUCCAGUGAUAAUUGUGUUCUCAGAUGACCAGAGCAGAGAUCACAAAGAAGACAGACAAGAGCUGAGUCAGAUGAUUAAGCAUGAGAAUGACCUUCCUGAUAACGUGAUAACGAGCCAGAAAUCUCUUCAUGACCGUGCAAAUCCCAACGCUGACCACCCGGAACAGGAUGAGCUGAAUGACCAGUCUGCCCUGGAGGUGCGGUCCAAUCUUAUCUACGACACGCCUCCUCGAAUCCGCCGCAGCGCCAACACUGAGUCAUGCAGGCGAUCGCCCCUUUUUGUGGAUUUUAAAGACAUCGGCUGGGACUCGUGGGUUAUCCAGCCUUUGGGGUAUGAAGCGUACAAGUGCAACGGCGUGUGCAGCCCGCCCAUGACCUCAGAGGUUUCUCCCACCAGGCAUGCCAUAGUGCAGACUCGGCUGAGCCUCAGGCGCCCCGAACGAGCAUCUGCUGCCUGCUGCGUUCCCACAAAGCUGGAGCCAAUCUCCCUCCUUUAUCACGAUAACGGAGUGGUUACCUUCAACCACAAGUAUGAGGGGAUGGUGGUGGCAGAAUGCGGCUGCAGAUAACGUCACAGGGAAAAACAGACUUUUAGUUGAAGAUCAAAAUCUAUCAAUCUAUUUUAUCAUGCUUGUGUGCUUGUCUCUAGAGAAUCAGAGAUUUCAUACAGUGGACUAAUUGUAAAAUCAGGGAUGAAAACUUGAUGGAAAGUUACAGCUGUAUAAAGGCAAACCCCUGAUGUUUGUUAAUUUAGAACAGAAACACUUUGAACUGAUGCAGCAAAGUGUUUCGUGUUAGCCUACCACAGCUCCAUAAGCAUUUUUGCCUUUUAUCAUGUUUUUAAAGCACUUCAGUUUAUUGUUAUAUACUGCAAUGGAUUGCCAUAUUUAUACAGUAAUAUAAUGCCUUUCAAAAUAUCUUAAAACCAUUUAACUUUUUCUCAUUUUGUCACAUUGGAACUAUGAAUUUUAGUGUAUCCAGUACAUUGGGAUUUUUAGUCAAGUGGCCUAUGAUUACUCUAGUUUUAAUGUCAGAAGGACAGCUAUUAAUUGUGCAUUGCCAAUAUUAUUUUAAAAAGAAAAAUCUGUAAAUAUUUUAGCCAAAAUGUGCAAACAUUUUGGAGAUAUACCCCAAAAGACUACAGUACCAAAGGGUUCUGAAAAGUAUUGACUCAGAAUACACAUCUGAUUCACAGUUUUGCAACUUAAAAAAAAAAAAAUUCUACUUCACAAUUGUGUGUUACUUUGCAUAGGACUGUAAAAUAAAAAUCCCAAUAAAAUAAAAUAAUUAUUCUGGCUCUAGAGUGACAAAAUAUGAAUAAGUUUAACAGGUAUGGAUCAUUUUGUAAGGCACUGCAUAAUGAAUAAAAGUGGGAAACAAGCAGGUUUAGAUUUUUUGGUGUUAUAAUUUCAGAUCAGCAAUUUUAGGUAAAAAAAGAAAGCUUUGUCAUAUUCAUAGCGAAUAAGGUCAAAAGUAGUACAACUCUGAUUUCAUCUCCUGCAAGAGAGGUGAAAUCUGACUCGUAAAUGAAAAGAACUUUUAUUGUAAUAUACACCAGAAAAAGUAAAGCGAUGAAAAGAAAAUGACAAACAUGAAAAAACGUCACCCUGCCAAGAUGCUUAAGAAAAUUAUGCAUUUACUACAAAACUGUAAAUUAUGAGGUUUUCCAGGGGAAUCUUGGAACAUCUGAGAUAGGUAGACAAAUGUAAUAUUCUUUCUCCGAGAUGCUUGCCAAAAUUGUAGAAAACAUGUUUUUCUUAUUUUGGGUCACAGAAGGCUUUUUCAAAGUGUCGUGGAGGGCAUCUUUUAAAAAAAAAAGAAAAAAUAAAAAGUAAUUACUUGUCCUAUCCAAUAUGACUUUCAGCUUCUAUGAAAUCUUUCUUUGUAGAAACAAUUCACAUCUCGGUUUUGUUUCACACACAGGUGUGAAUAGCAUUGUGCUUACUAAAAUAAAAACAAACAUAUUCAGUUUCCUGUUUCGUGCACACCAUGUCAAUGUCAGGUUAUCGCAUCGCUUCCAUCUAACAACCUUAAUCCCCAUCCUUCCACAGCCACAUGCCUGGCGGGCCACUCUCGGUCCGCUUCCAUGCCAUAUUGAUAAAGAGGUGUCAGAGCCUGGAGUCUUGUAGGCCAUCACUCAGGGUGAGACGCCACUCCAAGUGGCAGUAUUUGUGAGAAGGUGGUGUCAGAUUCCUGGUCUCCCGGACCAACAUGUCCUAUUGACAAUCACGACAUCAGGUUGUGACUCGGAACCCUCCCAUUUCCCUUUUCUGACAAUGGCAUGCUUAUACUCUUAACAAAGCCACGGCAACGGUACAAAUGGAAAAAGAAAUAUUCGCUCCACAUCAUCACCUAGCUUUUGCUGUUAACAGUUGGAAGUAGGUAGCAGGAACAACCCUCAAGAUCUGUCCAUGGUGGAGGAUCUUAACUCAGCAUAUGAAUUUAUAGCAGCAAAAUAUGCAGGGCAGAAAUCCAGGCAGCGAAACAGGCUGAUCUGCAACUAUCAGCACAAAGUCUACGCUCACCUGUAUGAAGCUUUUUAGGUAAAGCUCCUCAAUUGUCAAACCAAAAUAGUGAAUAAGCUAAUCAAAUGGCAGCCACUCAAUGCACAAAGGCAUCUGGACGUGGUGAAGUUGAAAUUUAGCAUCAGAAUGGGAAAGAAAAGGGAUCAAAUUUAAGUUACUUUGAACACAGCAUGGUUGUUGGUCCUGAAAGAAUCAAAUUACUGGUCUUCUGUGGUUUUCACUCCCAUUUGUGUGAUUGGUAUGAGAGAGAAUAGCCUGAAAAAGAGAAAAUAACAAAUGAGCUAUAAAAAUAAAAACCUCUUUGAUGUGAAAGGUUA